AUGGCUAGCAAUGAGGUUGAGGAAGCGGUGAAGCGCAUAAACUCGCAUAAGGGCGUCAUGGGGGUCCUGGUGGUCAACUACGACGGCGUGCCGAUCAAGACCAGCAUGGAGGCGGCGGAGACGGUGCAGCACGCCGCGCUCAUCACGCAUUUCACGCAAAAGGCGAAGGGCGUGAUCAAGCAGCUCGAUCCGGAUAACGAGGUGACGUUCUUGAGGGUUCGCUCCAAGAAGCACGAGAUCCUCAUCGCGCCCGACGAAAACUACAUCCUCGUUGUUUUGCAAAACCCGGGCUCCGCGUUCGUCAACGAGUAG